CAUCAUCCAUCACUUCAAUCGGUGUACUAAGAGUGUGUGAUAGACAUGGCGUUUAGAGGCCGUUCAUGUGCCCUAUCUCUUCUCUGCCUCGCCGUUGUCCUAUCCUUCCUCGCUGGCCCGGCCAUGGCCAAAAAGACUGGCCAGCUGACCGUCUUCUGGGGCCGGAACAAGAACGAGGGCUCCCUCCGUGAGGCCUGUGACACCGACCUCUACACCACGGUCAUCAUCUCCUUCUACAGCGUCUUCGGCCACGGCCGAUACUGGGGCGACCUCUCCGGCCACCCGCUCUACGGCGUCGGCGACGACAUCAAGCACUGCCAGUCCAAGAAAAUCCUCGUGCUCCUCUCCAUAGGCGGCGGCGGCUCCGACUACUCGCUCCCGUCCUUCCAGUCGGCGGACGACGUCGCCGACAACCUGUGGAACGCCCACCUCGGCGGGUUCAGCAGGGGCGUGUUCCGCCCGUUCGGCGACGCCGUGGUCGACGGCAUCGACUUCUUCAUCGACCGCGGCGCGCCGGACCACUACGAUGAGCUCGCCUGGCGCCUCGCGUGGUACAGCCGCCAUGGCGGCAAGAAGGCCGUGCGGCUGACGGCGACGCCAAGGUGCGUGUACCCGGACCAGCACGUGGAGAAGGCGCUGGCGACGGGGCUGUUCGAGCGCCUGCACGUCCGAUUCUACGACGACGCCAGGUGCUCGUACAACCACGCUGGCCUGAGCGGAGUGAUGAAGGAGUGGAGCAAGUGGACGGCGAGGUACCCGAGGAGCCAGGUGUACCUCGGCUUGGCGGCGGCGAACGUGCCCGGGAAGGACGACAACGUGUUCGUGAAGGCGCUCUACUACGACCUGCUGCCCAACGUGCAGAAAGCGGGCAACUACGGCGGCAUCAUGCUCUGGGACAGGUUCUACGACAAGCAGACCGGAUACGGCGCCACCGUCAAAUACUGGGCGUAAUUCACAUGUGUUUGUAAUAGUGUCGUGUCUGCAUGCAUGCCCUAACACGCAAGUGAUCUAAAAAUAAGAA